ACACGCAAACGUACGCAUCUGAAACCCAACCAACUGACGGUGCUCCAGAACUCCUUUGCAGUCAAUCCACUCCCAGAGGCCCCUAUGCGAAAUCAACUUGCCCGCGAACUGGGCGUCAAUCAACGCACAAUCCAGAUUUGGUUUCAGAACCGCCGUGCCAAGGCGCGCAAGUUGGAACAAGCACGAUUGCAUAACCAACCUCGUUACCAACCCACGUUUCGCACCAUGAUGACUCCCGAACUUUUUGAAGAACUCAAGCAACAACCUCCUAGUACACGCCGUACCAAUGGUAACCGACCUCGCUCGAGUUCCAAGCCCGAAAAACAAGAUCAGCAGCAAAAAGAGACGACGACGGUUACGGCUACCGAACGCGCGGACAAGACCGGUAACAACAACAACAGCAACAACGAGCAUAGCAGCGACAUCGUACCACUCUUGAAUAUCCAGUCGCUCCGCAUUGGCAGCUGGUCUCGUUUUUGUGGACAACCCGCUGUUAUGGGUCAGCAAGCAACACCACCAUGCUCGUGGGACCUUAAAUGUUUUGUGGAAUCGACCAACAAAACUCUGACGUGGCAAGUUUUAGCCGAAGGUCACCUGUUCAGGAUCCAGGUGCCAAUGGACACUAUUGCCCAGGUGCGAUUGGUCCAGGAGGGUCAGCUCGAAAUAGAGUUGGAUGACCCGCGACACUGCUGCUUUGCCAUGUACGAUAACAACAGCAACAACAGCAGUCAAGGAGAAUGGAUUCGAUGCGGCGACUUUUCUGAAGACAAACAGGCGAGCCGUGAAACUGUGCAUGUAUUGCUGGGCAAUCAUGACGUGCUUCAGCAGGCUCUUUUGGACUUGGCAGCGCUGGCGCCCGAGUUGACUGCCAAGAUGGUGCUUACUCCGCUUCCCUUGAUGGAUGAUGACCUUGUGUCCUGCUCACCCUCGGUCACGCCAGAACCUCUGUUG